CUACUGCCACUGCAAACCACAUUUUCCUCAAGUUGCUCCUUCACCCGUCCCCGUGUCCCACUAAAGCGGUUACAGCGCGUGCAGGGACUCGUCCCUACGGCUGCUGAUGGCAACAUGGCGACAGAGUUCCACAAUCUGCAGGAGCUGAGGCACAGUGCAUCUCUGGCUAACAAAGUCUUCAUCCAGAGAGACUACAGCGAAGGGACCACCUGCAAGUUUCAGACCAAGUUCCCCUCUGAGCUGGAGAGCAGGAUUGAGCGGACACUGUUCGAGGACACUGUGAAGACGCUUAAUAACUACUACGCAGAGGCAGAAAAGAUAGGAGGGCAGUCCUACCUGGAGGGGUGCCUGGCUUGCGCUACAGCAUAUCUCAUCUUCCUCUGCAUGGAGACACGCUACGAGAAGGUGUUGAAGAAGAUAGCGAAGUACAUUCAGGAGCAGAAUGAGAAGAUCUAUGCUCCAAGAGGGCUGCUCAUCACGGAUCCCAUCGAAAGGGGAAUGCGCGUCAUAGAGAUUUCCAUCUAUGAAGACCGGGGGUCCAGUGGCUCCAGCUCAGGGAGCAGCUCUGUGUCUGGCAGCACUGCUCGAUGACUGGGUACCUCCUAACAUUAAUGAUCCCCCUGAUCAUUCACAACCCUGGAGGAGAACGAAGGACAAUGACACUACUCCUGUUCCAACUCGUCACCCAAGCAUCCCAAAGCUACGCUCACACAAAGGAUUUGCUGGCUUUUAACAAAGAGAGGCAUGUUGCUCCUGACGUGGCCUUCACGUGCUAACAUUGUUUAAGCUCCCCCCACCACAGUGAACGCUUAAAACACACUUUAGUAGUUUGUUGCAAAGCAAUGUGCAUGCAUCAAAAAAGUGUCAUGUUACUGGAGGAUGCAAUGUCUCAAAACAUUUUGCUAGUACUGCUUUGUGUGAUCGUACCAUCACCUUCCUUCCUGUCUUCUUUGAUGUGACCACAGCUAUGUGUAAUCUGAUGGGUGAGAAAAGGAGGGAGGGAGGGAAGAAGGAAGGAGGUGUAGAGGGAGGAGUGAAGACCACAACGAGCCACGCCAAACCUCAUACCUCAGCCACCACAGUUGCACCAUGUAGUCCAGAUCAGCCACAGCCGAACCCGGAUCAACCAAAUUUGGACUGAACUCCUCACCCUCAACCCUGCACACCAGACAUUGGCUUUUAAAAAAUGUUUUCUGUAGCUCUAUCUUGAGUUGUAAGUAGGAUGUACAAGUAUUUGAAUAGACCAUCACAAGGUUUCACCCCCCCCAGAACCCAGAUAAAGUGUACAAAGAACCUCUUCCUCCUUCACCUCCGAUGUAAAUCAUGCUGUCUGGUAGCAGAUGAAUGUCAUUUAGCCCAUCCAUGUAUAUUAUGUAGCAGAUCUUCCAUAUUUCUCACAUGAAGCCUAUAUUUUAAUUGUUAGACACACAAAUGCAGACACAUUACAAGUACUACUAAUCUCUUGGUUUCAAUGAGUGAGACAAACUCUUCCUAAAUUUUGAUUAUGCAAAGACAUACUGUGCAUUAAAUGCAGUAGUAAAAGGAUGGGUCACAAAGUCUUCCUGAAUCAUACCCAUUGUUUUAAAAUACACCUCCACUUCCUCGAUUUCUGAACAAACUUCCAAAGAACAGUUAACUGCCAAAAAAACUGGCUCGCAAAUGUGAAUGUGUCUUUUAUUUUGGUGACAUUUUGUGCAAGAACAAACUUUCGUACUGCUUGUUGUUUGAUACACAUGGCAAUGGGGUAUAUAUGACUGGUGUCAAAUAAAUGCUGUUUCAUCACAGCUGCACAGA